AUGUCCUCAGCACGUGGUCGCGGCGGCAAGUUCAACAAGGUCAAGCGCGGAGGCGGCAAGAAGUUUUCACGCGACUUGCAACCGCUAAAUGCAGAUGGCGAGGUAGUCGGCAUGUGGGGUGAGCAACCCGACAAGGUUGACGAAGAAUCCUCCGGUGAGGAGGAAUCGUCAGAAGAGGAGUCUAGCGAGGACGAGGAGGGCAAGCCCGCACAAGAAGAGUUGACACGUGAACAGCGCCGUGAACUUGCAAAGAAGCGCAAGCAGGCCGCGAUAGCGAAAAAGUCGCAAAAGGCACCCGAGGCAGGUGACAUGCCCACUGACUCCGAGGAGGAGGACGAUGAUAUGCCCGCAAACCCAAAUCACACCGCCAAGGCCCGCACACAAGCUACCAAAGCACCCGUUGAGGAAGAGGACGAUUCUGCAGCCAAGGGCAAGGGCAAGCAAAAGGACCUCUCGCAGCUGUCCCGUCGUGAGCGCGAGGCUCUCCAAGCGCAAGCCAACAAAGAUCGAUACGACAAGCUGCACGCCGAAGGCAAGACCGAGCAGGCGCGUGCGGAUCUCGAGCGCUUAAAGCUGGUUCGCGAGCGUAGGGAGGCCGAGGCUGCGCGAAAGAAGGCCGAGGCUGAGGAACGUGCUGAGCUUGAGAAAGAGAAGAAGGAACUCAUGGAGCGUGAGGCCAGGAGACGGGAGCAGGCCCUGGGCAAAGCGAACCGCCUUGCCAAGGGCGGAAAGAAGAAGGCCUAA